AUGACGCUCUCCAUAGACAACAGGAGCACGUCCAGAAAUCUCGCAGACUUCAUUAAGUUUGUGAAAUUGAAUUCUCCGUAUUACGCCCAGUUCUGGAAGUUGGGUGAGACUCUUGAAGAUCAGUCAGUGUCUUUGACGGACUUGCCCAUUGUAGACCAUGAGUCUUUCUGGGCAUCAAACACAUGUCGGAAUAGUAAGGUUGUCACAUCAAAGCAAAAGGAUGGCAUUGUUUUCAAAACUGGAGGCACAACCGCACAUCCCAAAGUGUCGUUUUACAGCCAGAAGGAACUCCAUGGCGUCUCGACUCAACUAGCAGAGAGCUUGGAACGCUGCGGAGUCGGUGAAGAAGACAUGGUUGCCAACCUAUUCUACGCCGGUGAUCUCUAUGGUAGCUUCUUGUUGCACAUCCUCUCUGUCUAUUAUCUUCCAAGCGGCGCUAUUCAGCUUCCCGUGGCUGGACACGUUUCUUUGGAGUCCAUGGAGAGACAGAUUGUUGAGUUUGAAGCAACAGUCGUCCUCGCUACGGUGACUACCAUGUCGCAACUCUCAGAAUGCAUACUCGUUAGUGGGAAGACGCUCCCUUAUGUUCGCUUGCUGCUCUUUUCGGGCGAGGCAUUCUACGACGAUCAGGCCCGGUUACUGAAAGCCGCCUUCCCAAACGCAACUAUCAGGUCACUUGUCUACGGAUCUAUGGACUGCGGCGUCAUCGGGUUGCCGCCGAAGCAAGAGCAUUACACAAACGACCCCAGGCUCCACGAAGUCAACGACCCCAACAUAAUCGUGGAGAUCAUCACCGAAGACGGUGAGGUCACAACUGCCCCAGGGGAGGUGGGUAGCCUGGUCGUGACAAACCUGGAGCGCAAGCUGAUGCCCAUCGUUCGAUACCCGUCUGGCGAUCGGGCCGCGUGGGUUGACCCAGGUCUAGGCCUCUUCCGCGUCCUCGACAGGGACCGCACGGCCAUCCGCCUCGGCCCUGUUUCCGUCGACUUUCUGGACCUCCGACGGAUCGUUUCCACGGUCCUCGGAGACCGUCCGGUCGGGCGCUUGCAAGCCAUCGUCACGAGAGAAGACAGAAAAGAUCUUUUGACCCUGAACGUCGCCUUUACGCCGGCUACCGAUGAGGAGAGUUUGCAGCUGCAGGCAGAACUGGGAGAAAAGCUGGGCAUGAUGCGGCCCAUGUUUCGGGAACACGUAGAGAAGGACCUUAUCAACCCGUUACGGAUUAAGUUUGUCACCGUGCAGGAACUUGCUGUCAACCCAAGAAGUGGAAAGAUAGUCGAAGUACAGGAUCUUCGGUCGACUACUUUGUAG